AUGAGCGAGGCCUCCAGAUCCCUUCGCCACCGCCCGACGCCGCGAGCCCCAUCCUCCUCCCUGGCUCCCGGCGCCGCCCGUCCCCCAUCUCCUCCUGCGAUCCUGGCGUCGCCCCGCCCCACCUUCUCCCUCACUCCCGGCGCCACCCCGCCCCCACCUUCUCCCUCACCACUGGUGCUGCCCAACCCCCAACCUCCCUGGAUCCCGGUGCUGCCCUGUCACCACCUCCUCCCUCACUCCCGGCCGCCCAUGCCGCCUAUGCGCGACCCUCCCUCAGCCCACCGGCGACCUCCCAUCCUCCACCGUCUACCCCACCAUCGGAUCUCCUCCUCCCCUCUCCUUCUCUCCCUCGCGGACGCGUCAAACACACGAAAUUUCCCUCCUCGCGGCCGGAACCCUAGAUCGCGCCUGUGGGUACUGGGCUGGAGGUGCGGCAUGGGAUUUGCACAGCAGGAUUCACCAGCGAUGAGUACAACAGGUCGUCGAAUCGGGGAACGGGAUGGCGCACCCUGCUGCAGCCGCCGGUCGGGACGAGCGCGGCGGCAACGAACGUCGGUGCGCCUCCGUUUCCUCGACCUCCAAGGACGCGGGUGCCGGAUUUGUUCUCGCCUGACCAGCCUCGGUAUCCAGCUCCCUACAGCCACCGCCGGCGUUGACUCCCAAGGCGAGGAUGACGACGACGCCAAAGAUGACGAGGCCCCGAGCUUGAGCACGACCACUACGACGCACUGCACAAAGGCCCCUGCUUCCUGCCUGCCCUUCCCUUUGCUUGGGUUGAGUCCAAGCACAAGUAAGCACCAUUAUUAGGCGAGAAGACGACGGUGACGCAGAGGAGGACGAGGACCCGCGCUCCAGCCCGACCACGACUAUGCACCGCACGGUCCCUGCUUCCUGGCUGUCGCCAAUUGCCCCCUUCCCUUUACAGUACUACUCUAUUUGUUUUCAUUGCUUUUCACCCAGUUUUGCACACUUUCUGGCCCUUCACUUUUUUGUGUGCAAAUGUUCUGAUCGCCUCCAUAUGGCUGUUUCCGUCCUCCUGCUCAUGCUGUCUCCAUCCUCCUGCUCAAGUCGUCGCGGUCGCCUCCCAUCCUUCAUGGCCUGCGUGUGUGCGCCCACUGUUGGAGGACGACGUUGAACAUGAAGCGGAGCCCAGCCGGAGCGGUCUGACGCGGUGGUCGUGGCCAAGGAGUGGUGGUCGAUGCCAUGGAGCAGGGGCCCUCGGUCGCCUGCACACCGGCUGCGUUCUGGACUAAUGCUUUCUGCAACUGCAAUGUUCCCCUCCACAUUGUAUCUUGUGUAGGCAGAAGGAAUGUAGCUCAGUGAUGGCGUCGGCUACAACUGGAUCGAUGGCCUGAAGGCUUUUACUAAGAAGAUGAAGAAUGUUGUAGAAUAGUGUCCAUCAACAAAGAGUCCUACUACUACCGGUUGGAGAGGCUCUAUCCUCAGGUGAUUGAUUACUUAAGAAGUAUACUGAAUUAUGAUAUCCAUCGAUCUAAUUUUGUAUAGGAAUUUUGAAAAACUAAAGAAUCUGUGGUACAUGAUUUGAUUUACUCAUUUAGAUUUUAGUAAAUUGUGAACGGAAGUUUUUUUCACAAAACCAGUGCACCACCCUUUCUACACACAUCAUUCAUGGAUUGGCAGACUAAAGGUUCUAUUCAACAUCUUUGGUGGAUUGCAUAAAUGGGCUAGAGUAAAAAUAGACCAGAAUUGUUAUAUGUGCUUAGGGAAGUGGGAUUAGAUCAAGAUUUUUUUGACAAAAUGAGAAAUCAAUGGCUCAAGGAGAGUAAG